AUGACGCUGUAUUUCGGUUCUCCCCAGCAAUGCCCGCUUCUUUCCCAACUUCUUAACGCAACAUAUACUCUGAAUAGCAUGCCACUUGAGAACUCGCCGAAUGGACAAAAAACUUCUUCCCGUUGGUUUCCGCCCGAACCGCCGAUACAAUACCAACCGGUUCAAAACUCGGAUGCUCCUCCUUCUUCUCAUAUCUACCAGCAAACAAAGUCCAAAAGAACCCAAGAAUCAAGAAAACCAAUCGAAUUUGCAACGCACUUGAAACGACCAAGAGGAAAAAUAGAGAAGAGAAGACAACCAGGACAGACUGGAUUCAUCAAUAAACCAAGGCGCGUUCCAUUCGACAGAAUUGACCCAGAUUUCGUUGAUUCGAAGUUUUUUGAAAUGCUGAGGUUCAACAGAAGACAAUCUGAUGGAUCAACUACUUCGACUUCUUCAGAAUCAAGCUCAACAUCACUGACUCCUUGCGUGUACGACAAUUCCCACCUUUACCCAGAACACACUUUCGAUCCGUCUCCCGAAGCUUCUCCCUCAUUUUCUCCGAUCUCGACUUCAUUGGACGAUAAAAAUUGCCAUGCGACUCCAAACUCUACUGCAAGCUCAAUUCUGACAAUCUUUCAAAACCAACAAUUCUGA